GGAGAGGGCAUUUAUACAUCCCAUAUUAGUAACAGAAAUUGGUAAAUAAAUCCACAACAAUUUCUAUAGCUCCAUUCUCCAUUUCAAUUAUUUCCCUGUUUGUUUGGCUAUUUAAUUGCGAGAUCAGUUCAGUUCUAUACAAGCCUACAAUCUUUGAUGUCAAUAAUUCCCCAAUCCUAAUGCCUAAAUGCUGUAUUGAUUGGUUAUUCAAUGUCUUUUGGUAAAUUCAUGCAUAGCAAGUAUACAAAUCUGUGCAUGUGUGCAUGCUUCUAAAUGAUAAAUACCGUCUAACUAAGGAAGAAAGAUCGAUUCACCUAAUCCCAAAUUGUAAACAGUUAAUUUAACACAGUAGAUGCACAAACUAGUCGUACAUACAUAUGUAUAAAGAUAUAGAAAAAAUAAUCACACGUCAGAAACAUUAAAAACACUUAGAAGCCAAAAAGGAUUAUUAUUUAGAAAUGACACUAAGAGGUUAUACUGAUUACUACCAUUACUCAAAUUAUGCAUCUGACGAUGAUGAUGAAAUCGAAGAAUUUAAACGAAAAACGGAAGCAAAUCGAAAAGCAAGAGAAAAAGCUCGACAAGAAUUUGAACGUGACAUGGAAAAAUCAACGGAAUCAGAUGCACGUCAGCCAGCACGCAAAGCUUCUGACGCAGUUCUCAAUGAAUUCGAUGAAGCUAGACAACGAGCCUGGACAAGGGAUCAACAAACUUUGGAAUAUAUUGACGAAAUAUUAAGAAAUGCUGAAAGACGACCUUUCUAUGUACCUUCAACACAACUUAGUGUAAGAAGAGGUUCUUAUAAUAGAUACAGUGAUAUUCGUAACGGUGAUCAAUCCGAUAAAUCAACUACGGAUGAGCUUUUAUCAAAAAGCCAAAUGGAAGUAAUACGACCAGUAAAUAGAAAUUUGAAAGACCCUAGUUCGACUGAAACAGCAAGACAGAAAAUGAAACGAGUCGAGGAACGUUUAGAAGGUAUUCUAGAUUAUGAGUUGCCAAGUGCAGAUAAUUUCAGAAAUAUGCGUCAUUCAUUAAGAGAAAUUAAUGAUAAAAUGUCAAAACAUCGCUUUCUUCUGGAUCGUCACAAUUCAACAGACUUGGAUGAAAAUGAUAAAUCUAAGGUAUCUGAAAGGAUUAAUGAAAAAUAUAAGGAAUUAGAAGAGAGAAUGCCAUGUUUGACCAUGUCUGAUAGAGCACGUGAAAAGGAAAAACGUACAACUCGUUUCGAUCCCACUUUUAUCCCGGGAUAUUCUACUGGUUUAAGUAUUGUAAACUCGGAACAGAAUGCUGAAUUACGAGGUCGUAUUAAAUCAUUACUGUUACGAACAAAGCGCAGUGGAUAAAUAUCUACUCUUUCAGUGUUUCAUUUUAUCAUGGUCAUAACUAUAUAGGACUUCAAUGAAAUUGUAAUAUGAAAUAUUAAUUAGAUAACAAUAUACCUUUAAUAAAGCUUGCUUUAAAAUUA